AUGCCACUAGUCUUUAAUUUCUCCUUUCAUGACGAGCGCUUUAGCAUGAUCAGAACCAUCAAAUCUCAAUGGAAAGUCGCAAACCCCACAGACGUCAUCCCAGCGGACAUGCGAUACCCUGGACUCAUUGGCACCUGGCCUCUACCCAUCUUACGAGCCAUAACCUAUCUAGCCCGUAGGAUGCCGGGUGAGGAGGGACGGGACCGAUUUGUGAAUCUCCUCAACACCGGCUACCUGGAGAGGAAGGCAACCGCAGAACAGUCGGCUACUUUUGAACCGCAGCUACAGCUAUCUGAUCUGGAGCAUGUCCGGGAAAGCGUUGAAUUGGAAACAGCGGGCGAGAGUGUGGUCGAGGCCGAUCAAAGUUCCAACCUUGAAGGGAACAGUGAUGCUGCAAGCAAGUCUGGCAAGCCUUCGAAAGAUCCCACCAUACAGCAAAGAAUUGACAGAGCCGCCUCAGUCCAGAAUGAUGUUGCAACCCCCCAACAGCGUCCAGAACGAAUACUUUCAGAAGAUGAAGAUGAGCCGGAGACUUUGAAGUUGAAGUUAGAUCUGUGGAUCCAAUACUACUGGAACGUCACUGAUAUCAAAGCCCUUGUUCCCCCGAAGAUGCGGCAGCUAGACAAAUUUGGAAAGCCGACCAAUCGGGCGCUGCACAGCUCCAGCGACCACAAGGAUCUGUUGAAGGUACUUUACCAGUUAGCUCGCAUCACAAAAGGUCGAAAGGAUGCAGCAUGGGCGCAGAUGGAAGAGGCGUGGAAGGCAAGAGGAGGCAAAGCGUUUGCAGAAUCAGACGUCAAAGUCGCUCUUGAUUACUUCCGUGACCUACGUGAAGAAGAAGAAGACGAAGACUCUGUUACCAACAGUCGAAAACAAUUACCUAUUGCACCUUCAAACCCCGACGGCACUACCGGCGAGGAGGGUCAGGAUGGCGCGAUGAACACCCAGCGGGGAAUCCAGCAUCGCGAUGGAAGGCAGCGGAAAAGACGACGACGCGAAUCUCGAGCCACCGAACCCGACGCCCACGACAGUGCUGAUCACCAAACGCUACUGUCCGACGUGGACGUCGCAGAGGCGGGACUCUCGAUGGCUCGCAGCCGACGCUCGUCAGUCAUGGUAAGACGUGACAACGACCGCACGAGCAUAGCGACCCACGACGCUACGGUUGACGAGGCCGCCUCGAGCUCAGAAGGUGCGCGUGGAGCAUCGACCUUACCGCUAAAGAGGAAGAGACGGUAUUCACUAGACGGAGAUGAGACAGAUGUUGUUGAGGAAGGCCGCAAGACGGGUGAUGACGGAAAAGAUGAGCGUGAGCAUGCGAAACAGGAGCACGAUGAGCUGGAGCCAGAGGAGAUUCUCAAAUUGCCAGAAAACUAA